GUGACCUGCCGUGGGGACCCUGAGAUGGACCCACUGGACCCACUGGACCCGGGGCCCCUGGACCAGGACGCUCUGGACCUGGAGCUGCAGCUGCUCAGACAAGUCGCCCAAGCGUUGGUGGAUAACCCUGCAGAAGAUGGCCUCCUUGAAGUUCUGGCUGAAGAUUUCCCAGAUUACAUUCCAUCAGAUGAGGAGGAAGAGUCUGAGGGAGAUGGUCAGCAGUUAAUGGAGAGUGAUGAGGAAGAUGAGUCUGAGGAAGAUGGUCAGCAGUUAAUGGAGAGUGAUGAGGAAGAUGAGUCUGAGGAAGAUGGUCAGCAGUUAAUGGAGAGUGAUGAGGAAGAUGAGUCUGAGGAAGAUGGUCAACAGUUAAUGGAGAGUGAUGAGGAAGAUGACUCUGAGGAAGAUGGUCAGCAGUUAAUGGAGAGUGAUGAGGAAGAUGACUCUGAGGAAGAUGGUCAGCAGUUAAUGGAGAGUGAUGAGGAAGAUGACUCUGAGGAAGAUGGUCAGCAGUUAAUGGAGAGUGAUGAGGAAGAUGAGUCUGAGGAAGAGUUCUGGGGGGACUAUGUAAGUGUGGAUUCGGGCUAUUGCUCCCUGUCUGACCAUGAAGAGGAAUGAGACCUUUGAAGAGGGCGGUGAAGAUGGCGUCCGACCUAUCGUCCAGCAGCUUCCCGCCAGAGAACCAUUGGCAGGAAAUGGCGUCAUAUGCUGGCGCUGCUGUUGCUGCCGGCGCUCCUCUUGCUCUUCUCGCUGCUGCUCCUCAGCAACUGGUGGUUGGGCAGCCACAGGUCCACUCUCUGACAGGUUGCAAAAGUCUGCUCCCUUGGCCCCAGGCCUCAGAGAGCCAAGGAGAACAGGUAAGUACUGAGAGGCCCAGGGGGGAAUUUUGAGAGAAACCCAGAGGAGUCGGCAUCUUCAACGUCAGGCCCUGGAUCCCUCGGAGUCAGCAGAGACUUGUCUUUACAUCCUUUCGGAACCCUAAGAUGUGCUGAUGACAGCGGCUCCACAGUCUGAAAACCCUGUUUGCUGCAGGUUUGGAAAACAAACAUUCAUUUGGAAGAGCCAGUGAUGUCGCAGGUAGCCUUUUGUGUCUUAAAGUGGCCUUGGUAGCGUCUUGCACCAGGUCCCACUUCUAUCUGGUGGCUGGAUCAUCUCUUUGGCCCCUUGUGGUCUUGCCUCUGCGUCUGGCAAGGCUAUCAAAGCCUUUGGUAAAGUAGUAAUUGCUCAAUUUGAGUUGUUGCUUAUGGCAGGUAAGUAUCCAAAUCUAGUAAAGACGAGGUAGGUCAUCAAUUAUUAACCAAAGUGUUCUCUGCAUUUUAAUUUCACUUAUUUAAUAGCUCAGGGAUUAUUUCUCUUACUCACUCUCAUAUACUUUUCUUUAGAUUUCUUUAGAAACUGGAGCUACAACCAAACAAAGUUAAGGUGCAAGUCUCCAUAUGACUUUUUAUUACUCGAUUAGUGUUCCUGCUAUUUCAUAAUAGUCUAUGGGUUGAAUUGUGUCUCUGUUGUAUUACAGAGUCAAGUCUCUUUUUUUCUCGUGUUGUUUUCGACAGGUGGAGCCGUGAAGGGUGGAACACUUCCCCUCGUCCACACAAGAAGCGACUACGUGGAAGACUGAGACCCAAUGUCCAGGAUUUCCUCAACGACCAGAUGAGGAGGAUGGAUGACCACUAGAAGCUUAAAUUAAUUUAGCUUUGUUAUAUUCAAUAUACAGUAUGUUGCUGUAGACAAAUACAAUAUUUACUGUCCUGUGUUAACAAAGUCUAUAUAUUAUGUAAUAUAUUAUUUUAUUUAUUUUUCAUGUAUAUUGUGACUCAGUAAAACGUCUUGCCAAAUAAAUAUUGUCAAAAUUCUUCUUCAA